AUGGCUUCUCUUUGUUGCCCUGCCUCUUGUUCCAUCAGAUGUUCUAACAGGGACCAUCCCCAUGAUCCAAAUAAACAAAAACUGAAUAACAUCAAGGUACAUGGAACUUCUACUAUGCCCACAGCUAAGGUUGAUCUACUGAGCCAAACAGUAGGAGCAGCAACGGCAUUGACUUCAGUUUCUUCCAUAGCUGAAAAUGGCCAUAUAACCAAAGAGCAGCUCCGCCAAAAUAUUCCAACAAAGAAGCAGUUUGUUGAUCCAUACCGUCAGGGGCUGAUUGUCGAAGGGGGUGUCGGAUACAGCCAGACAGUGGUUAUUCGUUCAUAUGAAGUUGGACCUGACAAAACUGCAACAUUAGAGAGCAUCCUUAAUCUUUUGCAGGAAACAGCAUUGAAUCACGUUUGGAUGUCGGGACUGCUUGGCAAUGGAUUCGGGGCUACACAUGGAAUGAUGAGGAACAAUCUCAUAUGGGUUGUCUCAAGAAUGCAGGUUCAACUUGAUUACUAUCCAAUCUGGGGAGAAGUAGUAGAAAUUGACACAUGGGUUGGAGCAUCAGGGAAGAAUGGAAUGCGAAGAGACUGGCUAAUUCGAAGUCAUGCCACAGGGCAGAUUUUUGCAAGAGCAACCAGUACUUGGGUGAUGAUGAACCAGCAAACCAGGCGCCUUUCAAAAAUGCCAGAAGAGGUGAGGGCUGAGAUUUCACCCUGGUUUAUUGAGAAGCAAGCAAUCAAAGAAGAUGUCCCUGAAAAAAUUGUUAAGUUGGAUGAUAAAGCAAAAUAUGUGAACUCCAACUUGAAGCCCAAGAGGAGCGAUCUGGAUAUGAACCACCACGUGAACAAUGUGAAGUACGUAAGAUGGAUGCUUGAGACCAUCCCUGAUCAAUUUUUGGAGAGCCACCAACUGUCCAGCAUCAUACUAGAAUAUAGAAGAGAAUGUGGAAGUUCAGACAUUGUUCAAUCCCUAUGUGAACCAGAUGAGGCUGCAAUUCUCAAUGAGGGAGGUCAACAACAACCAAAUGAGAUCAAAUUGCUAAAUGGGUUUCCAAUGGCAUCAGAAAUUCUUGAUGGCCAUGGUCUGCUGAAUGGGUCCUUUCACAAGGGGACAUUAGGAUAUACACAUGUCCUCCAGACUAAAGGGGACCGCAAAUAUGAAGAGAUCGUCAGAGGGAGGACAAAAUGGAGGACAAAACACUCUGCCAUAUCCUUUACUUAAUGAGUUGUACAUUAUAUAAAUGGGAUCUAGCAAACUAGUCCUAUUCAAUAUUCAAGGCACCUCAUCACCAAUAUGAGAUGGGUUGAGAUAAUUUCCAGAACUUAAAUGGAUUUGCUCUAUAUCCCAAAACUUUUCAAUGUUCUAGGUCAGGUGCCAUGAACACACUGAAGCUCUUAAUAAAGGUGGCAGUGGUCGGAUGUGAUUCAAUGGGAAUUAAUCUGAACAACAGUAUCAUCGAGGCUAGUGCGAGCAGGAAGUGAAAUAAGGGACAUAAUAUCUUUGUGGUGAUUGUGAAGAAUGCCUUUAUCAUAGGAUCUGAGAAGAAUAGGUUGAUAUGGAAGGUACCAUGUCAAUAACAUUGCUCAGAGAAAUGAAAGAAUUUGUAAUCAAGCAAUAAGGUAAACCUAAUCAUUUUUUUGUGGAAACCUCAGGCAAUUCAAUCUU